AUGGGGCUCAACGUGGUGCCAGUCCGAAGCGAGAUACGAUGGGGUCGUUGGGUGAUCGUGGGUGGCGCAUGCCUGGCCAGUGGGGCUGCGCUCUGCUGGUAUCUUCGACGCAAAGCCAAAAAUGCGCAUGGAGAAAGCGGCGACCAGUCGGAUAACAGCAGCCCGGUGCCGAUGCCUGGCUUGCGCGGAUCUGUGGAGAUGAAGGUCCGAGGCAACCAGCUGUUCAAGGACGGCUCCUUCGUGGACGCUAUCGAAGCAUUCACUGUGGCCAUCUCGCUUUGUCCUCCGGAAUGCCGAAAACAUCUGGCCGUUUGCUACCAGAAUCGCGCUGCUGCCUACGAUAGAAUUAACGAUGCGGAUCGAUCAGUCUUGGACUGCACCACUGCACUGCAGUUGGAUCCGAGUUAUUUUAAGGCUUCAAUGCGUCGAGCGAAAGCUUAUUUGAGCCUCGGCAAAGCGGAUGAAGCGCUUGAUGAUUUCACAUACGCUUCACUUCUGGGUUCUGAUGGAUCGGAUUUUUUUCAAGAGGACCAAAACAGAGCAGUUCAACUUGCCACCGACAACCUGAUCGACAAUUUGAAAAAAACGCGAGAAUCUAUCCCAGUAAGAGACGAAUUGAUAGUACUAUGGCGUAACGCCUAUGUCAACGACCCGAUUCUAAUUGAUCUGAAUAAAGAAUUCGGCUGUGAAAGCCCCUAUCAUGAAGCAUUGGAAGCAAUACGGGAUCGACGUUAUGAGGAUGUUAUUCCUCUUGUUGAACAAGAUUUGGCCGAGCAUGCUGCACGUGGUAAAUCCGAACUUACUGCCGUGCUUCGCGACUGCAUCCUGAUGGCUCGUUUUGAACUGAUGAAAGAAAACGUUGAGGUCACUACUUUUCAUUUCAAACAACUGUUCCAGUACUUCGUUUGUUUGCAUCCCCUUAGUCGUAGCACGCAUUCGCGCUGUCUGCAAAGCUGGAAGUAA